CACACAGCGAACUGCUGCUGAGAUGUCCGGAUCUGCUUCAGUCAGCAGAGUGUCUCUCUCUCUCUGAAAUAGCUGGAACCAUUCAGCUGAAGGGGUAUGAUAAUUGACUCCCCCUCUUUGUAAGGAACUGCUAAUGAUGUCAGGCAGCUUCAGUGUGCUGGAAUCGCAGAGCGGAGAAAGCUGACAAGUGACCGUAAAGAUGGAUGCUUGAGUAAGACUUGGACUGCACAACUGCUGUUUAAUUUUUUUUUCUACUUCCUUCUCCAAACUCUUAAAAUCUGGAUGGUAUCUGGGAAAACAGUGAGACAGCUGCGUGUGGAUUAUGGGUACAACUGCCAGUGCAGCACAACAGACAGUUGCAGUAGCACCUCCAUAUGAAAGUAUCCAUGGCAACGGGAUGGCAGACAACAGGCGGUCACUGAGCAUUAACUCCUUUCAGACAGUCAACAUCCACAGCAGCAAGGCCAAGUCCAUCAUCACCAAUAAGGUGGCUCCUGUGGUCAUUACGUACAAUUGUAGACAAGAGUUUCAGAUUCACGAUGACCUUUUCAAAGCAGAAUACACCCUGGGGCGAAUCUCAGACACAAUGCCAGAGCACUACCUUGUACAGGGUAAAUACUUCAUGGUGCAGGAUGUGUACAGUAAAGCAGAUGUCCUGAACACUACUGGAAGCUAUGGAGCCCCGAACUUCAGGCAAGCCAAAGGCAGCUACCCCUUGUUUGGAAUGGGUCAGCCCAGCCUCAGUGGCUUCAAACAGGUUCUACAGAGACUGCAGACACAAGGGUACGAGGAGGUUAUUUUCAUCUGUGUCCGUGAAGAACCCGUCGUUUUCUUACACUUGGAAAACAAUUUUGUGCCAUACACUCCAAGGAGGAAAGAAAACCUCCAUGAAAACCUGCAUGGACUUGGGAAAGAUGUCAAAGUUGAAAAGCUGGAGCUGUCCAUCAGAAAGGAGCUGUAUGACUUUGCGAAGCUCAGUGAAAAUGUAUAUUAUGUCUACAACGACAUUGAGCACUUUAAAGAUGAGCCUCAGCACAUCACCAUCACCUGUGAAGAGGACAUUCAUGUGACUGAAGAGGUUUACAAGAGACCUGCCUUUAUUAUGCCUUCAUACAGAUACUACCGCUUGCCAUUGCCGAUGGAGGGAUCACCACUUGAAGAGCAGUUUGAUGGCUUUGUUAACAUACUCAGGGAGAACCCGAAUCUGCUGCUUAUUCGAGACUCAACACGACCUCCACCUGCCUUGCUGUUCAGUUGUCAAGUGGGAGUGGGGAGGACUACCCUGGCGAUGAUCCUGGGUGCCCUGGUGAUGUUUCAUCUGAAGGGCGCUCCUGAGAAACCUCCAGUUGACGAGACUGUCAGCGCAGCGCCAAAAGUGCACUUCCAGAUCAUCCAGAGCCUUGUCAGUAAGCUUCCAAAUGGGCAACGGGUUAUAGAAGAGGUUGACAGUGCUAUAGCUCUUUGCUCAGAAAUGCACGACAUUAAAGAAGCGAUUUAUGAAAAUAAGAAAAAACUUGAGGGGAUUGGAGAGGAUUAUCAGAUUCAGGGAAGUAGUACCAAAGAGUAUUUUCUCCAGCGGACAAUGCAGAGUCUGGAGUGUUACUUUUACCUGAUUGCAUUCAAUGCCUAUCUUCAUGAGCAGUACCCUCUGGUGUUCGCACUGAACUUCAGCAAAUGGAUGUGCAGCCACCCGUGGAUUUACAGGCUGCUCGCCUGUAUGAACUUAUCAGAACUGUCGGCGCCCGCAGACCUCGUAACCAAAGGAACAAGAGUGCUGGUAUCAGAUGAUUUUUUGGCUCCUGAUGUUCUAAGUACAGUCAAAGAAAUGAAAGUAGCUAACUUCAGAAGAGUCCCCAAAAUGUCAGUGUAUGGAAUGGCACAGCCAAAUUCAGAGGGGGCGGGGGCGGUGCUGGGAUACCUGACGGAUGAGAAGAGGAAGUACUCCCACAUCCUGUGGCUGAACCUGCAGGAGGAGCUGGUCCUCGAGGGCAACGGCCAGAUCUUCACUCCCCGGGAGCCAUCCAGGCUGGAGACGCGCAUCCCUGUGCCCGCCAGCAGUCCACAGGAGAUCGAGAAACUGGAGACUGCUGUCAAAGAGGAAAUCCUGAAAGCCCAGAAAUGGCUGGAGGUGUCUCUGGAGCAGGAGAAGCAGAUGAAAAUGUUUAAAACCUGUGUGACAGUGCAAGAGAUCUUCAACCAGCACAAAAGCACUUGCAAAGGACUGGUGUACAAACGCAUUCCACUUUCUGACUGCUGUGCUCCUAAGGAGCAGGACUUUGACCAGCUCAUGGAGGCUAUGAAGGCAGCCCUGGCAGAGGACUCCCGCACUGCCUUUGUGUUCAACUGCCACAACGGCAAGGGCAGCACCACCACCGCCAUGGUCAUCGCCACUCUCAUCCUCUGGCACUUCAACGGAUUUCCUGAAUUCAGUGAAGAUGAAAUAGUGAGUGUUCCUGAUGCCAAAUACACAAAAGGGGAAUUUGAGGUUGUCAUGCAGUUGGUGAGACUUCUCCCCGAGGGCCACAAAAUGAAGAAGGAGGUCGAUAUGGCCUUGGAUGCUGUGAGCGAGACCAUGACUCCAAUGCACUAUCACCUGAGAGAGAUCAUUAUCUGCACCUACAGACAGAUUAAAACGGCAAAGAAGGAAAAGGAAUCACAGCUGCUGAAGAGUCUGCAGUAUCUUGAGCGCUACAUUUACCUCAUUCUCUUCAACGCGUACUUGCACCUGGAGAAGAAAGAUUCCUGGCAAAGACCAUUCAGUGUGUGGAUGCACGAGGUGGCUGCCAGGGCUGGUGUCUAUGACGUUCUGAACCAGCUGGGUUUCUCUGAGUUUGAAAACCCACAGGAUGUACCACUUGCCAGGCUCCGCUACCGCUGGCCACAGCAGAAUGUCCACUUGCUUCCUUUCCGAGGGCAGUUCAUUUAAGAACGGAUCUCUGUGAACUGCCAAAAAUAUCUCAUGCCUCGCCCAGACCGCCCUCAUACAUGUUUAACGCCUUAAAAACAACUUUUUCACCCCCAGUUGCCCAAAAUCAUGAAACUGCCUUUGAAACACACAAUACUUAUGUGUGUGCGUUUUCAGGCAUAGUAGUGGCUUAAAGUUGUAAAAAAUGAUUUAAAAAACAAAACAAAUAUUGCCUGAUUCUGAAUGCCAUUUAGACGUUCUUGUAUUCAGAUGAUGUGAUCUUUGUUUACUAUAGGUCUUUAGUGAGAAAUGGUAAAACAGAAUCCACAGAAGGAUACUUGCUUUUCUAUGUUUUUGAUGACUCUAUCAGAUUGUAUGCUGUCUUACAAAUGAGCUUUACCUCAUGCAAAGAGACUGUGUAAAGCUGCUGUUACUCCAGCGGUGCUUCAUACUGUUGAAAACCAUCAAAUAAGCGUUGGAAGUGUUGUUUUUUUAUAUAAUAGUCAUCACACCUUCCAGGAAAAUAGGGAAGAUUUAUUUUUAACAGAUUAAAACUGUUUUUUCUUUAGAUAUUUCAGAAAUGUAAUAUGUAUUAAUACUGCAGUAUGUUUUUAAUUUUAAAGGGUAUUUUCUUUUUAAUUUGAAACUCGGUUUGGACACUGCGUUUCGCUGUGAUUGAGCAACUGCUGUGUGGGAGGAAAUGGAGAACUCAUCAGGUAGGACGCGGUUUGUGGUGGAUAACGCUGGACUCGUGCUUCAUGACUUGCUGUUUCCUUCAAGCUCAUUAGAGUUCGGAGCACAGCGUAAGAAAACCCAUCCUGUUGUUAAAUAGGUCUAGGUUUGAAAUCUACAGUGUCUAAUCCACCUCUGUGUCUCUGUGUGGGGCCUUUCAGUGUUUUCAGAGAAUUUUCUAAACGUCUUGAAAUGUGCCCCCUCUGUGUUUUAUUAGGUUAAUUUUGUUCUGCUUUGUAUGCCUCGAAUUUUCAACACCUCCACUUGUGUUCCCUGGGUUGGCGUUGUGCAUUUCCUCAUUAAAAUGCUUUUUCCCAUUGGCUUUGUGGUGGGACUAAACCUUAGCCCUGUGCUGUUUCAUUUUAUUACUUACAUGAGCAUUAGUGAAAGUAAAAUGAGAGGAGGCAAUCCCUUUUUUUCUUAAGACAUAUACAGCUGUAUUCAUUUAAAUGUUCAAGGCUAUUAUUCAGUGGCAUACAGAAUCCUGUGCUGAGCAAAGUAUUAUUCUAAUAGAAUAAAUCAAUGUACAAGCCAGGUAACAGUAAACCCAUCAAGAUAUUUUGCAGUAUUCUGGCUGCUAGUGUUAGCUGGAAAAUCACCAUGCCAUAAGAUUGUGAUACAAAGUAUUAGGCUCCAUAUGUCAUCGUUUACCUUGUACAUAAUUAACUUACUGCAGUUCAAAACGGUGAUAAAUAAAAGUUAUUUUUUUGUGUAAUCAAGAAUCCCUUAUAACAAAUAGCUUUUUUACAUAUAGGCAAAAAACAAUUUGAGUACAAUAAAAAAAUUAAAACUACACACAUUUUUCCUGACAGAUUAUUAUUAUUAUUUUUACAGAUUAUUUUUGUAAAAUUCAUGGAAGUAAAGUAACUGCAGUCUUGUUACAAAGUAAAGGAUGCAUUCUUACUUAUACCACUUUCCACAGACACAGAAGUAUAUAUAUAUAGGAUGUUAACCAUGAGACACAAAA